AUUAUAACCGCUUCAUUAAGCUAAGUGUCCCUUUAAUGUCAAUUCACACAGCCCAUUUAUGGUUCAGCUGAUCCAGCUUAGUUCAUGGUUCUGUUUGUAUUCUAAACCAUGUUGUGUCCGCAUGCUCUUAUCAUACACUUUUUAUUCUGUGCACAUACAGUCCUGAGGCCAAUGUGAGACAUGUCCGUUCACCAGUGAGAAGUAUGGAAACAAAGAGAGCAGAUCUGAUAGUUGCUUCAUGUGGGAUUGCCACGUUCUUGCCGGUUGUAUACCUCAAAUCGUUCUGGUUCUGAUUGGCCAAUUUCUGUCGAUGGAGACUUUGUGGAUUCAUAUGGAAAAGUAUGUUGCAGGAACAGUGAGGACAUCCUGAAAUAUCCAACACCCAGUGAUACUGAGAGCAAUUUAACACCCAGAAACCUGACAUCCAUGGAAACCAAUGCAUCUGACAAAUUUCCGAUUUAUGGAGAUGUAUGCGAGACUCCAAUAAAUCCUUCGGAGAGACAUCACGGAGCGGACAGCGACAUGUUCAGAUAUUCUGAAAAAGAGAUUGCACCUCUUUAUGGAAUGAAAGAUAGUGCAUCUGAAGCUGUGGCAAAUGAUGUCUUAUACAGACCUCCCAGACGGCGCAACCGCAGGACAAAAUGUGACCCGGUGAAAAUGCCCCGGAUAUUUUCAACAGAUGUUCCAGUGUCUAGCAGAGCAUUUGGGAACCUGCCUAUCAGUCAUCAACAUCACAAUCUACUGAAGUCUGGUGUACACCUUGCCAGGUCGGAAUUUGUGGACAGCCUAGAACCUUCACUAACACACAACUUAAGCUCUUAUAUCUGUAUUGAGUGUGGACAAAGCUUCUCAUAUGAGAUUGCUUAUGUAGAACAUCUAAAAUUACACAACCCUGGAAGCCUGGAAGCAGACAGCAUGGUUCCUGCAGGGAACCAGAGCUGUGGUUCUAACACUGAAGUGCAUAGUUUAAGCCAGAAGAGAACAGGACGAGAAUUCAUGUGCACAGAGUGUGGGAAAACCUUUAUUGGGAAGUCUAAUCUUAUUGUCCAUCAGAGAACUCACACAGGGGAAAAGCCCUAUGGGUGCAUUUUCUGUGGGAAGCAUUUUGGGAGAAGCUCUGUUCUAAGAAAGCAUGAGAGGAUCCACACAGGAGAGAAACCCUAUGCCUGUCUUUAUUGUGGAAAACAAUUCAGUCAAAAUUCAGGUUUGAAGAACCAUGAGCGAAUUCACACAGGCGAGAAACCAUAUGCAUGUAUCGAGUGUGGAAGGCGCUUCAGUCAGAGUGCUGACCUUAUGGUUCACUACAGGACCCACACAGGAGAAAAGCCUUUUAUCUGCAUUGAGUGUGGGAACAGCUUCAUCCGCAGCUCAGACCUUGUUAUACACCAAAGAACUCACUCUGGGGUUAAACCUUUCACCUGUUCCGAGUGUGGAAAGAGCUUCAGCCAGAGGUCCCAGAUCAUACGACACAGGAGAACCCACACAGGGGAGCGGCCCUUUAGCUGCCAAGUCUGUUGUAAAAGCUUCAUCCUCAGCUCAGAGCUGAAGAAACAUCAUAGGGUUCACACAGGCGAGAAGCCUUAUAAGUGCAAGGAGUGUGGGAAAUCAUUCCGCCAUUGCUCCAACAUGAGCCGCCACCAAAAGAUGCACAUGGAUGGCGAAGUCCUUGCUAUAUGACAUUACAACCAAAUAUUGCAGUGUCCAUUCAUUUCACGUUUAGUUUGACUUAAUAUUUUCAUUCUAGAUAUCUAGAACUAUGUCCCCUGGUCUUUUUUUCAGUAAUUUUUAAUCCCUGAAUUAUAGUUUGGUUGUGGUUUACUUGGCCCUGAAUUCUGCUUGCGUGAUCUUCUCCCUGCUUGCAGUAUGUCACAUGGACGAUGCACAUUGCAAUACUAAUAGAUGGAGCAUUAAACAACGCUUUCAAUGGAAAUAAAUACCUUCAUGUAUAGAAUAUUUGAUGAUACACUGUCUCCUUCUCUGGGAGACCUGCCCUAUCUUUGCCAUAGAGGAUGCAACAAAUUUUCUUCAUUCAAAAAUAUUCUUUGCGUUUUAUGUUGUUUGUCCUCAGAAUUUGCCUUUUGUAUUAUUAUUAUUUCACUGAAAAUAAACCGUAAAUAUUUUAUUUUGGAAACACAUCAUAUAUACAUAGGAAAUCACAUAGAAAUAAGAGGCUUGCACUCAAAGCAUGUGUGAAAUGAAAAUGGGUAGUGAAAGAAGCCCAGAUAUUCUAUAUUAUAUGCAUUGAUAUACAAUGUUUAGUGGAUAAUAUUUAUACCUUUUACAUGGCUCAGGGUCCCCGAUUAUACCAGAAUUAAUUUGAUUCAUGUAGUAUUUGUCACACUAGUGAAAGAAACUCUGUUCACUUCAAACAGAAAUUAUGUUUGUUAAUGAGAAAAGCAUUGAGCAGUGGGAACUUUGACAAUAGAAUCUUGUGAUAGGUGCAUAGGUCAGGCAGGCGUAAGGAGAAAGGGAUCUUAUUAGCUUUGAGAGCACAAGCUGUUUAGACCUCCAUGGUUCGGCUACUGAAAGGCUAUGCACAUGACCUCUAUGGGGCACCAUAUUGGGAAAUCAUACGGCAAUGUGGGUGAAACUUCUCAGCUUCCUUCUUAUCUAAUACAAUAGAACAGACGCCAACCUGUGACCUCUUGUAUUAGAUAAGAAGGAAGCUGAGAAGUUUCACCCACAUUGCCGUAUGAUUUCCCAGAGAGGAAUCAGCUGUCCUUUCACACCAGAAUUAAAAGGAUUGCCUGUUGAGUGAUGGAAGAGGACAGGAUGAUCGAGGAAGGUCAGAGGGUGUCAGCAUAGACUGUCGCAAACAUGACCUCCCCAGGCAGUCAUGUGCUUCAGUGGGUGAUAAGGUUAAAAACCACGAUUUAUCACCACUAGACACAAAAUAAAGAUUUUUAAAAAUCCCAUUUAACAGUACACACAUUUCAACAUAGCAAGCUACCACUACCAGAACAAAAAAUGGGGAGCCCUAGGUUCCUACAACCGAAUUAGAUUAAAAACCCACAAAACAUAAUUUAGCAAAAAUGUCUAUGAAACACAGUAUUAUUAUGUAAGUCUUUUCUGUAAAGUGAUUCUUAUACUAGACAAAAAUAAAACAUUUAUUAUGAGCAAAAA